GGGGCAGGAAGGGGAGUGUUCUGUUUCUGUGUCUGAGUUUGUGGGUGUCGCGAAAAGUUGUGAUCCUAUGAAAUAAAACGUUAGGUAAUAGAAAGAGACGAACAUUUGACGAAUUCUAAUAAUAGAGAGUCUCCGAGUUGGAGUGUGUUUCGCUUUGGUGGAAUCUACACGUGUUGAUCGAGUAUCAUCUCCAUGACGGCUAAAUAUAUUUAUUUACUAUGCAGUAGUAUAAUAGCAUCCAUUCAUAAACCAGUUGUUGUCGUGCACGGCCUCUCCAAAAUUAGCCAAUGUCAAAAGUUGACAUCUUCAUAAAUGAUGCACACGGGAGCUAUGUUGACAAAUAGAAGGUACAAUGCGAAUGCCUCGGGAAAACCGUUUCGAACCUAUUCAUAACGAACUGCGAGCCUAACCACAACCAAAACAUUCAAUUCACCAAAAUGGAUAUGGGUGUUCGAAAACUGCCGAAAAAACGAAAAUUUGACCCUUCCGAACUGGAGGAAAACAACUCAACUGCUUCGUACAUUCCUGUUUCUGUCGUACAAACUGCACCACAAGCCACUGCUGUCGACUAUUCAUGCCCUACUAAUAAACAAAACACCGUUGAUCUCAGUGAGUGGUGUGACCAUAGGGUCCUAGCCAAGCAGGGCGACUGGUACUAUCCAGGGGUCAUCAGAGAAGCCCGAGGGAGCAAUAUAACCGUGGAGCUCGACGGCAAGGAGGAGAAGCUGGUGCACUUCACGAACGUGUUUGAUAACGAGUGUUACAACGUGAUUGGGGACGCGAGUCCUUCGAAGAACGAGGUGACACUAGGGGCGCGUGUUUGCGUCCGCCACAACCAGCAACAAAUGUUCGUGGAGGGUGUAGUUUUUAACAUUUGUAACGAGGGACAAGUCGUGCGUUUUGUGGUGGCGGUAAUAGGCGAAAAACAGUUGAAAAUAACGGUUAAACGAUCGGAAUUGCGUCUAUUGCGUCCUCCCUGGUACGACGAGUUGGUUGAGCCCUUGAUUCAGGACUCCAUAACGCCGAAAUUGGAGUAUUUUACAAAUACGACGGUGUCGCCUCAUACACCGGUCUCGGCGUGUACCCCGCAAUCGAACGGGCGGAAUUAUGACGAUUAUUGUGAAAGUGAAGAAGAUGAAUUGCGAAGAGGUGAUAUUACGUUUAAUUCCGAAGUAGACGCUAAGCUUUCAGGGAGUUCAAAGCGGAGUAGUAUGCAUAGUAGAGGGAGUUCGUCGAGUAGUAUAACUCCUCGAUCUCAACCGACAACUCCGCGAAGUCAAGCCGCGACUCCUCACAAGUAUAAAAAAGGCGAUGUUGUGUCAAAUCCAAACGGGAUAAGGAAGAAAUUUAACGGGAAACAAUGGAGGAGGUUGUGUUCGAAAGACGGAUGUACGAAAGAAUCUCAAAGGAGAGGAUAUUGUUCAAGGCAUCUUAGCCUCAAAGGUAAUAGCCUUCGAAGUGGUCCUGCGUUUCCACGUUCUAAUAGUAAAGCAGAUGGUGAGGAUACUUCCAGAGAUUCGGAAACUUCACCAAAUUGUAACGAUAGAAGGAUUACAGGACGGUUUGACCAAGAAGAAACCGAUGCGGCCAAUAUGUUGGUUUCGUUAGGUAGUUCGCGGUCGGCCACACCGGCAUAUUCGCCUAAUCAUCAAGGUUCAUCGCCACAUACGAUGCAGUCACCGAUAACAGUCGGGUCUAGGCAGAACGUUUUUAUGCCUAUUAUCAGUCCAGGCUUGCAGAAAAUCAACUCGCCAGGACCCCAAGGAUACAACACAGCAUAUCACCAACCCUUACCCUUAAGGCCCGAGUCAGUUCGGCCGAUCCAAGGGGUCCCAAGUGUUAUUCGCCUGACGUCCAGUCCUCGUCAGUGGGGCCCUAACUCAGCUGAGCACCAACAAGGCGUAAUCCUUCAACAGGCAUUGACAACAAACCAGCCUGUCGAAACCGAAAAUGCCCAAAUCCAAUCAGGAACUGUUCUAAUGCACUCAACUAAUGCAAGUCUACUACCAGUUAUAGUCAAUCCAACUCAGCUGUUACCUGUUUUGCCUUCUGCAUCACAAUCGGUUGUAAAAAAGGUGAUUCCAAGUGGGACCGUUCAGCCAACACCUCCAGUGAUCGUCAAAACGGAGCAAGUUUCAUCGAAUUUGCAACAGAAUCACAAGGAUCCAGUAAUUCAUCAUCCAUCGCAGUCUCGUAUUUCCGUUCAAUCACGUACCGUUACCUCCCCUCAAUUCACUCAAACUCCUCCACGACCUGUGGUCCCCCAACCUAAAAUCUCGACGAAUUCACAAUCGGCUUUUAUGAUUCCUUGGCAUUCAAUAGUGCCGAUUUUGACCGCUUGUCCUGAAUCCAACUCACCGCCCCCUUCUGAGCUCUCACCCCCGUUAUCGGCGCCCCCUGUCCCAAUAACGGCGAUCAAAAUCGACGUACCUGACGACGAUGGUGAAGAAUUGAUGCCAAUUCCGGCCGAGGAAGACGAUGAUGUUUUUGAAAAUGAACCAACAGAUGCGAAUUUGAACGAAAAUUCAACUAGUAAACGUCGGACACAAUCCUUGAGUUCGCUACAAACUCCUAAGGAUAAUAAUUUAGUCAAGAAUAAGGACCGGAUUAGGAGACCUAUGAACGCUUUUAUGAUUUUUUCGAAACGACAUCGGGCGUUAGUGCAUCAAAGACAUCCGAAUCAGGAUAACAGAACCGUAUCGAAGAUUUUGGGUGAGUGGUGGUAUGCUUUAGGCCCGGAACAGAAGAGGAAAUACCAUGAGUUGGCCUCGGAGGUGAAAGAGGCACAUUUUAAGGCACAUCCGGAGUGGAAAUGGUGUAACAAAGACCGUAGAAAAUCCUCAACUGGUUCAACUCGAAGCAAAUUGAGUUCAACUGGAGACAGUGCCGAAGUGGGCGAAGUCCCAAUUAGCCCUCAAGCCUUAAAUUCCCCAGCUCCGUUAGCAGAGCCCUCUCGCCAAAUCAUCCCAGACAAUCCCGGAGACGUGUCAGAUGACGACCAAAUGGUCAUAAUCGAGGAGCCCGGAGCUGUUGAAAUCGACUUGAAAUGUAAAGAAAAAGUGACUGAUUCGGACUCCGAGUCUCAGAGUGAUUUAGAAGGCGGCGAAAACCGGAACUUCCCCCAUCAGCGAUUUAGUCCCGUUUCUAAAACCGGAACUGACGUCACCUAUAGGCCUAAACCGAUUAAAGCAAUAAUGCCAACAUCCGAUAGUUCGACAAAGUUUAGUCCAGCUGCGAGUUCAAGUACUUUGGGUUUUCAUUACUCGCCAGUGAAUCCCUCAGGUGUGACUGGUUUUCAACCAACAGGGGGCGCUUUUAAGCAAGCACCACAAGCGAAAUCAGUGAUUCAAAUCGGCGAUAGUCAUCAGAAUAGUCAAUUUGGGAGUCAACAACCGGUCACAGUUGCGAUUUUUACAGGCCAAUCGGUUUGUUUAUCAAAUGAUACGGAAAGGUCACAACCGGUGGUUGUGGUUGCGUCUACAGCAUCGGAACAACCUGUACAGUAUGUCUACAUGCCGCCCCCAUUCACAGUGUCGGAUUCAAACGGACGAAAUUUGUCAGUUCCGGUGCAACUUGUUUCGAAAACUUCCACACAGUCUGAUGCUGUGAAAAAGGAGUUUAAGUUAGCGCCAACUCCGGCACAGUUGGGGAAAGCACCGUUGCAAAGGCGACAAUCGAUGGCUCCGACAACUUCAAAUAAUACAACGCAAGUAACUAGUGAACCGUCGGUCCCUUUACCGCCUCCUCCCACUAGUGAUAGUUCACCACAAGACUGCCUUGUGUCACCAGUGACGAAAAAGAGUCUUUUUAAACGUAAUAAAGAAGACGGGAUGGAUAAGGUGUUGGAUCAAGUCAACUUCGAGAAAAAAUUCUGCUCGUUGCCUCAAUUUAAACCAGAAGAAUGUCAAUCACCAAGUGCUAUUUCGUCCUCAAGUCCGGGUCUUUUCGCAUAUAAGAAACGAAAUCUUAGUUUGACGAAUAGAUCAUCAGUUGAUGAGGAAUCAGAAAGUGAAACUCCUCAGUCGGUACCCAAAUCGUCUUCGUCUCUAAAACCGGCGGUGUUCUUCGGGCCUGACUUCAAUGUGGACAAUGUUCGAGAAAUGAACGAGAUGGGGGAGGGCAACUCCCCACGCACCCCCCGCACGCCAGGAACGUCGAAGGAGUCGGAGAAGGGGCACAGAAAAAUCCUAGAGCAGCGUCGUCAAUUAGUGAUGCAAUUGUUUCACGAACACACUUAUUUUCCGUCGGCUCAAGCGACUUCGAACUUUCAAUCACAGCAUUCUGAUAUAUUUCCGAGUAAAGCCAGUUUGCAGUUGAAAAUUCGUGAAGUAAGACAAAAAGUAAUGGCGCGAAAUAAUUUAACUCCGCACAGUGCAAAUAGUCAAAGUAGUCCAGUCACUCCAGCAGAACCGUUAAAUGUAUCCUCUAGUAGUUAGCUAGUAAUGUGCAAUAACUUGUUGUCUUCCUUCUCAUAUAUUAUCGUCAGAUUAACUGAAGAGAACGGUUAGUGAAAAUCCCUUCAUGUUCUGUAAUCGUGAUCAGAAUAUGCUGUAGAUAUAGAGAGAGAAAGAACAAUUGGACUUGGUAAAGUCAGUUGUUGGCGUAGUGCAAUUGUAAAUCCCUGUGCAUGUCAUUUGUAUUCAUUUUAUAUAAUUUAUUGUAUCGAAAUUUUAUUAAUUAUACACUUAGUAGUUGUAUUGCCAUGUAAAAUGUUAUCGGAUAUUAAAUCACUAUUUUAAAAAAAUUUAUUUGAUCCAAAAUGCAAUGUUUUCAAUUUGGCUGUCACCGGACUAAUUUAAGUAAAUCAUUGUUAAUAUGUUGUGAAACAUAGAUGUUUUGAUUUUAUAAAUCUAAGCCACAUUGUAAUAAAUAACAAAUCUUGA